AUGGCUUUCAAACAACCAACAACUACCGAGUUCCCUUACUCGCUCACAAUCUCCCUCCCCCUCCCAACCAAUCGCCUCGCAUCAUGCGCACUACGCGCCUUGGAAGUUGACGCCGAACUAUCCCCCUUUGUGCGACGGGCUUUGACCCUCGAAGCCCCGGCGGUCGAGGCGCCAUCUGAGCCUCAAGAAAAGAAGCAAAAGCAGGACCCUGAAGAGUCUAAAACCUUGUUAAAUAUAACGUACACCGCGACCACAAACCGAAUGUUGCGCGUUUCUGUCAAUGGAUUUAUGGAGAGUCUGGGUGUUGUGCUUGGAGUUAUGGCAGAAUUGGAUAUUGAUGUACUCAAGGCAGAAAUGGAGGGUUGA